AGGUCAUUCUCGGUUUAAACUGAAAGACACAGCUCCCUGCUGCAUUGGGACUCAACAGAGACUCCCUUCAAUCAAACUGUUCUUUCUCAAAUGUCAUCCAGAAUGCUCAGCUCAGUGCAGCUGAUUUCACUCAGGAACCGGCAAGGAGAGCCCAAUCAGUGAAAACAGCUGUUGUUUGACUGAACUGAAAACCUGCUGUGGGGUUCAAGAGGAGGCACGAAAGAGAGAGAGAGGAAGGACUAUACUAGAAAAGAAUUCCACCCAGCUGGAUCAACAAUGAGUUCCCAUGUCAAACUUCGGAAGGAGCGGGUCAGUGUGGUGGACUACGACAUUCAAAUCAAAGAGGUUCGCUGUCAGCUUGUAGACCAACUGAAAGUAUUGGACUUGCAACUUGAGCAAAAGAACCAACAGCUGCAAGACCUGACAGACUACCUGCGUCGACGGGGUGAGAUUGAAAGCGAGUAUGCUCGUUCCCUGGAAAAACUAGCAGAAAGGUUCACAUCAAGGAUAAAGAGGAAGGAGCCCAGUAGUAACUCUGUGUCCCAAGUAUGGCUUACUCUGCUGUCCCAGACCCGCCAAGAAAGUAGGGACCAUAAUGGACUGAGUGAAAGCUGCAACAACUUUCUCACCCAACCUCUCACACAUUGUGUGGAGUACACACAGCGCCUUGCAAAGAAGAGUAAAGACAUCUGCAUUCAGCUACAAGAUGGGCUACUCAAGGUUACCACAGAGCUACAGGCGGCAUGGCGAACAUACUACCAGUACCACUCAGACUAUGUCUGUGCAGAGGGGAAGCUGAGGGAAGCAGAGAAGCAAGAGGAAAAGCAGAAGCAGAGCACAAAUAAAAAACUGGAGAGGCUGAUAGAAAAGAGACAAAUUAAAGUCCAAGAAAUAAAGCUGAAGUGCAGCAAGGCCCGAAAUGAGUACCUCCUAAACCUGGCUGCAGCCAAUUCCUCCAUGAAUAAGUACUACCUGCAAGACAUCUCUACUCUCAUAGAUUGUGCAGAUACAGGUUACCACACCACUUUGGGCAGGGUGAUGCAGGCCUACUUGUCAAGACGGUGGAAGGCCCAGGAUAACCUGAGCGCAGGCCUGCAGCAAAUAGAGGAGGCCGUGUCUAGACUGGACCAGAGCCGGGAUAGAGACAUCCUCCUGCAGGACAACUACAACACCUUCUCUAUGCCCCUACGCUUCCCCUAUCAGCCCCACGAUGGGGACCAGGUUACUCAGGUCAGUGCGGAGUGUGAGAUGAUAUGCGAACUGGAGACCAGAUUCAAACAGAUACAAACUCGACUGCAAGCCGUCACCCAGGAAACUGAGGAGGUUAAUAAGAGCAUGUCAGCAGCCCAGGCUUCUCUGCUGGAGGGCAUUGGCGAUGAUCUGGAGCCUUCAUCUCAGGAGGGCAGCACUGAAAAUCUGACUGUAAAGCCCAGCGCCACUCGACGACGGGCCAACCUGCAGGAAAUAGAAUACCUCUACUUUACUAAAGUAAAGGAGUACCUCGUUGGCAGCUCUCUUGUAUCUAAACUGCAAGUUAAACAUGAUCUGCUUAAAGAAGCUGUAGAAAAAGCUGAAGUAUCAAAUGACCAUCAGCCUCGACACACUGGAAAGUCUAUGCGUGUCAGAAAGAAUCACUCGAGUGCCAAUUUGAUGCACAACCAAAAACUUUUCAAUGGAGACAUGCUGUCCUUCAUAACGGCAUCAGGACAACAGAUUCCAAUUGUUGUGGAAAGCUGCAUUCGCUAUAUCAACCUCCAUGGACUCCACCAUGAAGGGAUAUUUAGAGUGCCGGGGUCUCAGUUGGAGGUCAAUAACCUCAGGGACGCUUUUGAGCGAGGAGAGGACCCUUUGGCUGAGGGGAGUUAUGACCUUGACUCGGUGGCUGGAGUGCUGAAGCUUUACUUCAGGGGUUUAGAUAAUCCACUCUUCCCCCUUGACAGCACCAAUCUGCUCCUGGAGCAUGCCCAAAUAAAGAAUGAGGCAGAGCGAGCAGCUGAGCUGAAAGCUGUGAUUUCUUCCUUCCCCGAGCCUGCUAUCAUCGUCAUGAGAUACCUCUUUGCAUUCCUUUAUCAUGUGUCGGAGUAUAGUGACGAGAACAUGAUGCAACCUUACAAUCUGGCCGUGUGUUUUGGCCCGAGCCUGAUAAGAGGGGCUCAUGAUGACGACGUCGUGACCCUGCAGCCUCAGAUCAAUGCCCUGGUGAAGGACAUCAUCAUUGAGCAAGAAAGCAUCUUCCCCACUCAGAGCGAAGUGCCGGGACCAGUUUAUGAGAAAUGCAUGACACUAGAACUGGAUGACGGAGAGACCAAUGUUGAUGGAGAUAUAGAAACUGAGUACACCCCUAGCAAAGAUGAUUUAGAAAUGGGCUUUUUGGCUGACAACAGCACAAGUAUGUCCAUGUCUGGAGUAGCAACACCCAGAAGGGGAGAACGCCCCAGAGCUAAUAGCAGCGGGGCACUAGAACACAAAUUAACAGCUGCACCAGGAGGAGGCAGCUUCGGUUCAGGUGGAAAGUGCACACUUCAGAUUCCUGUUGGGCCGCAAUGUAAGCCAAGGAGGAUGCCCUCUCCUUGUUAUGGGCAAGACUACCAGCGACGGUCAUCUGAGGAUAUAGCCUCUCGAGUAGAUAAGGAAGUCUGUCGCCAGAUGGACUCAGUCUUUAAGGAGCUUUUGAUUCGACAAACCCAUCAGGAUCCCACCCCCACUGUGUCCUCCCCCUCAGUCCAGACUCCCCAGAAGAAAGGAAAGCAGGAUGGGCGCAGGGGGAGAGGAACAGGGCUCUUCAAAUCAGCAGAUGCAGCGGACUGAGAUGAUCAGCAAUGGCACAAGACACACGGGGCGAGGGAGAGAUGAUACUAAUGGAAGUUGAGGUGUAGCGUGAAGGCCUUUGACAGUAGCUUUCAGCACAUCUAUUUCUAGAAACCUGAGAUCCUUGACUGAGAGUCCUUUCUCUGAGGUCUCCUUGACUCAGUCCUGUCUUACGUGUGAUGUACAGCAGAUUUCCACAGGCCUGCGGUACUAUGUCAAAACUGUGAACUACUUGAAAUGCACCAAUGUGUUUGUAGGCAUUUUUGAUAUUUGCACUUCUUCUCUUAUUAUAUUAAACAGCUGCCCUACCAGUCAAUAAUUUUUAGUCAAUACAGGCAUAAGUGCACACUCUUAAUCAAAUUUCUAUCAAAAUGAGAUGCUGGCACAAAGUCAAGAAAACUGUGAAUGUUAUAGUUGUAAACGUCAAUUCCUACUUAUCUCUUUAUGAUUUAUCUGUAUAUUUGAACUACAUGCUGAAUAAAUAAUUUCUCUGGGCUUACUGCUUCAUUAGAUGUGUAUGUAAAGCAUGACUAUAACUUGCAUUUCUUUUCUUCAUCCUGGGGUUUUAUACAUAGAAUAAUAUAUUCGGGCUUAAGUAAAAGUAGUCGAGAUGCUCCUUUCUCAUGCAACAUUGGCUAGAUGCCUCUGGGGCCUCCUUCAGUAAUUGAAGGCCAGACGAGAUGUAUUCUUUUCAGUGUUUUCUGGGUUUCUCCCAGGUGUCCCACCCUGUGGAUGUCCCUGGGAAAACCUUCAGUGGAAUAUGCUUGGGACGCUAUUCCAAACAUCCAAAAUCGCUCCAAACAUCUAAGCUCCUUACCCCUGCACCACUGCUCAAUCUAUACCAAUAUCUCUGUUGGUGUCUUGUCCUGUUUAAUUUAUUUAAAUUUGAUUUAUAUUGCUUCAAAUCACCUAAAGGUAUGUUUAAAAAAAAAAAAAUAGGCCUCACUCUUCUUUACUUAGGGAAGCAAAUCACCCUGAACAUGGAGGGAUCAUCAUUUAUUAACAAAGCACCACAAUCAGGUCGUCUGCUGACUUUCACCAAGGUGUGUCUCAGUAGCCUGAGUACAUUUUUUUAAAUGAUUUUCAAUUUAGGAGAAUCACAAAAUAUCU